AUGUGUGACGUCCACUUCAACACAACUAAAUACAGAUGCGGCCAUACGAUGGUGGGACCGAAAGAUCGACCAUGCGGUCAAGGUCGCCCGGGGCCAUGGUCAUCAAUCCAUCCGGGACUGAAACAUGCUCGCUCUAAGUUUGCCGUGAAUGUCGCCAAAGAUGACCUGUUAAUUUCAGACUCUUCUCCAUCGCCUCGAACCCGCCUUCUUGAAGGCACGCAAUUCGCUACCCCGCGAUACCAAAAUUCGAGCUUCAUUCCAUCUUUCGAGUACCACAGUUCCCUGAUUACUAUUGUAAGCAACCAUUACGAAGUAUAA